UGUGUUAACAGGUCGUAACUGAGGCCGUUCCCUUCUCUUAUUCUUGUUCUCUUGCCUACUGUGCAUUAUUCGCUCCACGACCGCUCUGUAUUUAUGUCAUAAAGUUCCCUCCUUUCGUCUUUCACGCUUUUCGUUCUAUUGAGCAUCUCGAGGGGCUUCAAAUGGUCUAUUGGGUGGUUGUUGGAACACGCUCAAGAGGUGCUCUCUGAAACGUUCUUCCAAGAGCGUGGUCUUGUAUGUUUUUGGCUUUCGAAUACAUAUGGAGCAACCUAGCGGGUUGCUUUGAUUGCUUGAUGGCUAUGGGUUCUUUGAGUCAUUUCCUGCUUCCGGACUCUGCUGCUCCGUCGAUGUCGGAAGGGAGAACAGAAUGCCCCCUUCGUGUUUUCUUCAAAGAUGCAAGGAGUGCGUUCAAGAAGGAUGAGUUGGGGUUGGAGAUUGUGCAAAUUGCGCUUCCAGCUGCGCUUGCUUUGAUGGCUGAUCCGAUUGCAUCACUGAUCGAUACCGCGUUCAUUGGGCAGAUAGGCCCUUUGGAGCUUGCUGCUGUUGGUGUGUCAAUCGCAGUGUUUAAUCAAGUAUCAAGGGUUGCCAUCUUCCCACUAGUUGGUGUCACAACAUCUUUUGUUGCUGAAGAAGAUGCUACUUGCAAAAUGGCUGAUGAAGAGCUUGAAGUUGGAAACUUUAAAUUUCCCAGUGAAACGAAAGAAUUGAUUCCUCAUAAUGAUUCUAACGAGAGAGCAAACAGUUUAUCCUUCUCCUCUGAUAUGUCUACAAACUCUGCCAAGAUAGAGAGUGAACGCAAAAAUAUUCCUUCAGUUUCAACUGCAUUAGUGAUUGGUGGAAUACUUGGCCUUCUUCAGACUAUGCUUCUUGUCUUUUGCGCAAGGCCUAUCUUAACAUUCAUGGGUGUAAAACAUGAUUCUCCUAUGAUGACUCCAGCAUCUCAGUACUUGACAUUGAGGUCCCUUGGUGCUCCUGCUAAUGUCUUAUCUAUGGCCAUGCAAGGAGUUUUUCGAGGAUUUAAGGAUACAAAAACUCCUUUAUAUGCUACUGUGGCUGGGGAUGCAACCAACAUAAUAUUGGACCCAAUUUUUAUGUUUGUUUUCCAUUUAGGCGUCAGCGGUGCAGCAAUUGCACAUGUUAUUUCUCAGUACUUAAUUGCAUUAAUUCUAUUGUGGAAAUUGUUGAGAAGAGUUGAAGUGCUACCACCUAGUAUCAGUGAUCUACAAUUUCACAGGUUCCUUAAAAAUGGUUUCCUACUGCUUACGAGGGUGAUUGCCGUGACAUUCUGUAUAACAUUGUCAGCAUCAAAAGCAGCACGAAUGGGUUCAAUUCCAAUGGCAGCAUUCCAAAUCUGCUUGCAAGUGUGGUUGACAAUCUCUCUUCUUGCUGAUGGAUUGGCCGUUGCUGGACAGGCAAUACUUGCAAGUGCCUUUGCAAGAAAAGAUUAUCAGAAGGCAGCAUCUGCAGCUUCGCGCGUAUUGCAGUGGGCAGUUAUUCUAGGCUUGUUCCUCUGUGCAUUGCUUGGGGGUGGCUUGCAAUUUGCAUCAAAAUUGUUUACCAAGGAUGCUGAAGUGCUGCACCUCAUUCAUAUUGCAAUACCAUUUGUGGCGCUGUCACAACCAAUUAAUGCUCUGGCCUUUUGCUUUGAUGGCAUUAACUUCGGCGCAUCAGAUUUUGCAUAUUCAGCCUAUUCUCUGGUCAUGGUGGCCAUUGCUAGCGUCCUCUGCAUAAUUUUCCUCUCCUCAAGCUAUGGCUUCAUUGGAAUUUGGGUAGCUUUGACAAUUUACAUGAGUUUAAGAUUUUUUGCUGGUUUGUUCAGGAUAGGUACUGCAAGAGGACCAUGGACCUUUCUUCGAACUUUCCGGUAGCUCGAUUUCCUUGUGGAUUGUGUUUUUCUCAUUGCUUUGGAUGCUUUGAAUACUUGAAGGGCAUCUUUGCACAUAUACAGAGAUCAUAUGCUCCAUGGAUGUACAAUUUCUUUCUUUCUUAUAGUACAGCACUUACAGAAACCUUUAAGAAAGAUUAAGAGUUGAAAAUUUGUCAGCAAAUGCACCCAUUUUUUUGGCAGAUAGUCAUUGUAAAUGAAUGUUAUUCUCAUAUUGAAAAGGCUUUUGGCAAUAAGGCUGCUGUGGUUUGAUUGAAAGGAAAACCACUUAAAAUGCUCUAUUGUCCUGUAUGAGAAUUGUGUUAUUACAAUAAUAUUUGCAUAAAUAGAUGCAUAUGGUUGAUUUACUUUA